AUGGAUCUCAAGGAUGCGGCGCUGCGCAUCUCAAAGCUACUGGUGCUCUCAUACAUCAUUGAUUGGAUCUUCAUCAUGAAAUCCAUCUUAACCAAGGGACAAAUCCACAGCGGAAUCGCCCUGAUCGGCUACGGUUUCUCCAAAGUCACUCCAAACCACCACGCCUUCUCCCUCACCGACCCCAGCAUCUCGUACCCCUACACAGAAAACGAAACCGUCACCACCGAGACCCUCAUCCUCGCGGGACUCUUCGCCCCCGCCGUGAUCGUGCUACUCGGCGCGCUGCUGCUCAUCCCCGGCACCGCAGCAGCAGCAGCCGUCGACGGCACCAAACCGUCCGUGGCGCAGAUCCUGCGCCGCAAGAUCUGGGAAUGGAAUGCCGGCUGGAUGGGGCUGGCGGUCGCGCUGGCCGGCGUGUGGACCUCGACGCAGGGCUUGAAGGACUUGAUUGGCAAACCGCGUCCGGAUCUGUUGGCGCGCUGUGAUCCCGAUCUCAGUACCCUGGCGCAGCAUACUGUCAGUGGGCUGGGCAAGAAGGUUGCUGGGGCACCGGUUCUGGUGUCGUGGGAGAUUUGUCGCAAUCAGGCUUCUUUUGUGAAGGUUGAUGGGUUUUCUAGUUUUCCUAGUGGUCAUUCGUCUUUCGCCUUUGCCGGUUUGACCUAUCUGACCCUCUGGCUGUGCUCCAAGUUCUCCGUCGGCUUCCCCUAUCUCCCGCCCUACCCGGUCGAGGACCAGACCCAUUCGGAUGACCGUGCGUCGGUCCGAAAGCGCGGCGCAGCUCCUCCCGUGCUGCUGAUGCUUCUCGCGUUUGUGCCCUUCGCCACGGCCUGCUUCAUCGCUGCCUCGCGGUGGUUCAACUAUCGGCACCAUGGAUUCGACAUUCUGUUCGGUUCCACCAUGGGCGUGCUGUUCGGCUGGAUCGGGUUCCGCAUGUACCACCUUCCCAUCCGCCGCGGCGCGGGCUGGGCCUGGGGUGCGCGAAGCCGCAAGAGGGCCUUCCUUCGCGGCAUUGGGGUUCCCAGCUCCCUGGGUACUGAUAACUGGGCUUACCCCCAGAACACUGAUCUCGACAACCGGGGAAAUACCGAUGUUGAAAACGCGCCGUCGGCUCACUCGCAGCCGCCGAACAGCCACGUCAAGACGAGCGGAAGCUCGGCUAAUGGUGCCAGACUUGAGGUGUGA